AUGGCGACUGGCCGAUCGCUCGCCCGGGUAUACUCCUCCAGAGCCACCCGCCCCGCGCCUCUCCGCGCCGGCGCACGGCCGCCCCGUGCCGUCGUCGCCGCGGCCGAGCCCGCGGCCGAGCACGUGCGGAGGCUCGUGGCGGAGUUCGACCCGGCGGGCCCGCUGGACUCCGCGGUCACGCCGCCGAGCGGGUGGUACACCGACCCAGGCUUCCUCCAGCUCGAGCUCGACCGCGUAUUCCUCCGCGGGUGGCAGGCUGUCGGUCACAUAUGGCAAGUGAAGAACCCAAAUGAUUUCUUCACAGGAAGACUGGGAAAUGUGGAAUUUGUCAUAUGCCGGGAUGCAAAUGGGAAACUUCAUGCUUUCCACAAUGUGUGCCGACAUCACGCGUCACUCCUUGCAUGUGGAAGUGGUCAGAAGACUUGCUUCCAGUGCCCUUAUCAUGGAUGGACAUAUGGAUUGGAUGGCACCCUCCUGAAGGCUACAAGAAUAUCAGGAAUUAAAAACUUCAAUAAGAAUGAUUUUGGUCUCAUACCAAUCAAGGUGGCUACCUGGGGACCUUUUGUGUUGGUCAGAUUUGAUGAUGAGUCCACUGAAGAUAAUGUUUAUGAUGCGGUUGGAAAUGAAUGGUUGGGUAGUGCUUCAGAUCUGUUGGGUACAAAUGGAAUUGACACUUCACUGCCGCAUAUUUGCAGGCGAGAAUAUAUUAUCAACUGUAACUGGAAGGUCUUUUGCGACAAUUACCUAGAUGGUGGAUAUCAUGUUCCCUACGCACAUGGGGCUCUUGCAUCCGGUCUGCAGCUUCAAUCCUAUGAAACACUUAUAUUGUCCACAUAUGAAAGAGUUAGUGUUCAAAGAUGUGAAAGUGCAUCAGCAGAACCAGAUGACUUUGAUCGCUUAGGGACAAAAGCUCUCUAUGCCUUUGUUUAUCCAAAUUUUAUGAUCAACAGGUACGGUCCAUGGAUGGACACUAAUCUAGCUGUCCCGUUAGAUUCAACCAGGUGCAAGGUGGUAUUUGAUUAUUUUCUUGAUAAGUCUCUGCUGGAUGACCAGAGUUUUAUCGAGAAAAGCCUAAAAGACAGUGAGCAAGUACAGAUAGAAGACAUUGCACUCUGCGAGGGGGUUCAGCGCGGCCUGGAAUCGCCGGCUUACAGUGUUGGAAGAUAUGCUCCGUCUGUGGAGAUGGCCAUGCACCACUUCCACCGCCUCAUACAUGGUAACCUUAGUGGGUAG